ACGAACAUAAAAACAAAAAUGGCGCUUCCGACAUUACAACCGUACUGGCUGAAAAACUACAAAAACAGGAAUGAGGGACUCCUUGUUCGGAGAACACAAUUCGAAGCGGAAAGAAGGGAAGCUUGGGAUAAUAACGCACGAUAUUUCAAUAGAUCUAACGUGGAGACUACCAAACAACGAGUGUGGGGAUCAAGAGAAUCUUACGAAGACAGCAUGCAAGCACUGGAUGGUUUGUACAAGGAGAACAUGAAACAAGAUAAACAGCAAAGAUUAGAUGGGAGGAAAAAAAGACUGUCUGAAAUGUUGUUAAAGGAGACUAAAGAGUAUGAGGAAGAGCUUAAGGCAAAAAGACUUGGUGGAGCUGGUAGACUAUUACAGAUGAAAGAGAGGGCUGAUGAGCUAAAAGCUGACAAGGAAGCCAGAAGAAAAGAAAUUGCUGAACAAAAAUUGUAUGAUCAUUGGAAACAAAAUGCCGUAGAACUUAGAGAGAUUGAAGCUGACCAGCUCAGAGAACAUGUAGUGAACAGCUGGGCUGAUCAAGUGUCUGACCGGGAAGAGAACUUGAAGUCAGCAAGACAAGAAGACAGAAGAAUGGAUGCUGUUAUGGAAAAAGAUAGGCUACUUGCUCUUGAGAAAGAAAGAGCUAAGGAAGAGGAAAAGAAGAGAGAACAAGAAAAUCUUGCUGCAGAUCUGAGAAAACAAAUGGAAGAACUUAAACUUAGAGAUGAAGAGGAGCUGGAUUUGAAGAUUUUAGAAGCAUUGGCCAAGAAGGAAGAUCAAGACAAAAUAGUUGAGACUUCAAGACGAGAGAAAGCCAGAGCUGAUGCAGAAUACAUGAGACAGGUUGUUGAACAACAACUUAAGCUUGAACAACAAAGGGAGGCUGAGUUGGACAUGCUCUACAGAGAUGAAGCAGCGCGAAUGUGGACCAAGAGAGAAGCAGAGUGGGAACGGGAAAGACUGGCCAGAGAGAGAUUGAUGGCUGAAGUUUUAGACGUUCGCAGAAAACAGCUGGAUGACAAAAUGGAGGAAAAUAAACGCCGCCAAGAGGAGUCAAUCGAAAGUCGUGAACAACUGCUGCGAGAAUUGGAGGAAGCUCAGAGAAUGACAGCAAGAGAGAAGAGUGAAGAGGCAAGACUACGGAGGGAACGAGAAGAAGAAAUUCAAGCACAGAUAACUUCACGUAGAGAAAAGGCCAACGAAAUGAAACAAAUUGAAAGAGAAGAGCUAGAAAGGGAAAGGCGAGAGAAAGAAGCAUAUGAUAGAAUGUUGAGACAUGAGGCAGAUCAUAUGAAAGCGAGAGGACCUCAUGCAAGGUUUGUUCCAAGAAGGAGAACAGCAUUUGAAUAGAAUAACUUCCUUCGGAUCAAAUGGAUUGUUACUUCAUCUGUCAGAGGUAACAGCGUAAAUAUGGUUGUAAGGAAGUGUUUUUUAAGUGGUUCGCCGACUUCUUCACAGUUUGUCUCGCAACAGCUUUUGUCACACAAUCAUGAAAUAGUAACCGCUGAAUGAAACAGCAUCAAAGACUGGAAAGGGACGCCAUAACUAUAAACUGUAUCCUGCUGUAAUGCUGUCAGGCUUGGGCAGAAAUGCAUGAGUCAACAUUUCAUCGAGCAGGACUCAGUAUCACGAUUAGAAGUGUAAAUUUGUCCAAGUUUUGGUUGAUACUAAAAUGUGUAAAGGUAUUAGUUGUAAAUAAUAAAUAAAGAUCAAUGUCGCGGGAGAUUUCU